GCGCUGGGUCUGGGAAGGAUGCGAGGCCGAGCCGGGGAGCCCAGGCGCCCCGCAGAGCCGGCCUCCGCGCCUCCCAGCCGGGGCUAGAUGCCGCCUCGCCCAGCAGUGUUCCCGGAUAAUAAUGCCCUCCAGUCUAUGGCACUGGCUCCAGGGAAACUUCCUAAUGUCAGAAGCAGUCAUUUCUCUCCUUGUUGCCGGCUGUGAGCACCACCAUAAUUUGUUAGACCUGAUGGAACAAUCGGGCGCCGUGUCCUGAGUGACCAGACCAUGGAGAGGCUGCUUGGUGGCCUGCUGGCGUUUGGCAUGGCGUUUGCUGUGGUCGACGCCUGCCCCAAGUACUGUGUCUGCCAAAACCUGUCUGAGUCAUUGGGGACCCUGUGCCCCUCCAAGGGGCUGCUGUUCGUGCCCCCCGACAUUGACCGGCGGACAGUAGAGCUGCGCCUGGGUGGCAACUUCAUCAUCCAUAUUGGCCGUCAGGACUUUGCCAACAUGACGGGGCUGGUGGACCUGACCCUGUCCAGGAACACCAUCAGCCACAUCCAGCCCUUCUCCUUCCUGGACCUCGAGAGUCUGCGCUCCCUGCACCUCGACAGCAACCGGCUGCCCAGCCUGGGCGAGGACACGCUCCGGGGCCUGGUCAACCUGCAGCACCUCAUCGUGAACAACAACCAGCUGGGGGGCAUCGCUGACGAAGCCUUUGAGGACUUUCUGCUGACUCUGGAGGACCUGGACCUCUCCUACAACAACCUCCAUGGGCUGCCCUGGGAUUCGGUGCGGCGCAUGGUCAACCUUCACCAGCUCAGUCUGGACCACAACCUGCUGGACCACAUUGCCGAGGGCACCUUUGCUGACCUGCAGAAACUGGCCCGCCUCGACCUCACUUCCAACCGGCUGCAGAAACUGCCCCCCGACCCCAUCUUUGCCCGUUCCCAGGCCUCCUCGGCUCUGACCGCCACACCCUUUGCCCCUCCCCUAUCUUUCAGUUUUGGGGGGAACCCGCUGCACUGCAACUGUGAACUCCUCUGGCUGCGGAGGCUGGAGCGGGAGGACGACCUGGAGACCUGCGGCUCCCCCGGGGGGCUCAAGGGUCGUUACUUCUGGCACGUGCGCGAGGAGGAGUUUGUGUGUGAGCCUCCGCUCAUCACGCAGCACACACACAAGCUGCUGGUGCUUGAGGGCCAGGCGGCCACCCUCAAGUGCAAGGCUAUCGGGGACCCCAGCCCCCUCAUCCACUGGGUGGCCCCUGAUGACCGCCUGGUGGGGAACUCCUCCAGGACUGCCGUGUAUGACAACGGCACACUGGAUAUUCUCAUCACCACAUCUCAGGACAGCGGGGCCUUCACCUGCAUCGCUGCCAACGCCGCAGGGGAGGCCACGGCCACAGUGGAGGUCUCCAUUGUGCAGCUGCCACACCUCAGUAACAGCACCAGCAGAACCGCACCCCCCAAGUCCCGCCUCUCGGACAUCACUGGGUCCAGUAAGACCAGUCGGGGAGGUGGAGGCAGUGGGGGUGGGGAGACUCCCAAGAGCACCCCAGAACGGGCUGUGCUUGUGUCAGAUGUGACGACCACCUCGGCCCUGGUCAAGUGGUCGGUCAGCAAGUCAGCGCCCCGAGUGAAGAUGUACCAGCUGCAGUACAACUGCUCUGAUGAUGAGGUACUGGUUUACAGGAUGAUCCCGGCUUCCAACAAGGCCUUCGUGGUCAACAACCUGGUGUCCGGGACUGGCUACGACCUGUGCGUGCUGGCCAUGUGGGACGACACAGCCACCACGCUCACUGCCACCAACAUCGUGGGCUGCGCCCAGUUCUUCACCAAGGCCGAUUACCCGCAGUGCCGGUCCAUACACAGCCAGAUCCUGGGUGGCACCAUGAUCCUGGUCAUCGGCGGCGUCAUCGUGGCUACCCUGCUGGUCUUCAUCGUCAUCCUCAUGGUGCGCUACAAGGUGUGCAACCACGAGGCGCCGGGAAAGGCAGCCGUGGCCACGGUCAGCAACGUGCUCUCGCAGACGGACGGGGCGCAGCCGCAGGCGCCGGGGCCCCCCAAGGUGGUGGUGCGCAACGAACUGGUCGAGUUCAGUGCCGGCCUGCCCCGAGGCAGCGACUCCUCUUCCUCCAGCUCCCUGGGCAGCGGGGAGGCGGCGGGGCUGGGCCGCGGGCCCUGGCGGCUGCCGCCCCCCGCGCCGCGCCCCAAGCCCAACCUGGACCGCCUGGACCGCCUGAUGGGGGCCUUCGCCUCCCUGGACCUCAAGAGCCAGAGAAAGGAGGAGCUGCUGGACGCCAGGACUCCAGGCGGGAGGGGCUCUGGGCCGUCGGCCAGGGGCCGGCACUCGGACCGAGAGCCCCUGCUGGGACCCCCGGAGGCCCGGGCCCGUGGCCUGCUGCCCCCGCCCCUGGAGGGCAAGGCCAAGCGGAGCCACUCCUUCGACAUGGGGGACUUCGCCGCGGCGGCCGGAGGGACCCUGUCAGGGGGCUACAGCCCCCCUCGGAGGGUCUCGAACAUCUGGACCAAGCGCAGCCUCUCUGUCAACGGCAUGCUGCUGCCCUUCGAGGAGAGCGACCUGGGGGGGGCCCGGGCCGCCUUCGGUAGCUCCGAGUGGGUGAUGGAGAGCACUGUGUAG